UCUCUAUAUCCAGUCGAACAUCUCCUCUCUAUAUCUAGUUCCUACCUACUACAUAUUACAUAGACCUUGCCUUUCAAUACUCGACGUUAUCGCCCUGACGUAACGCCCGGAACCUGUUAUCUGACCCCAGCGAUCGGUAACCACGGCCAAUCUCCAUCCCUCGGGAUAUAAAAGCUACCCCUCUGUGCAUUUUUGUCUGUGGUUGUCUGAGUGCAACGAUGCAAAGCCUUCUCCGUCCCGUGGCUCGCCAGUUGUCAAGACCCAGGCCAAGGUAUCCGUUCAAGAUUCCUGCGACGAUUUACGCUCAGAGAUUAUAUACGAUGGGGCAUACGGUUCCUCCGCUCAAAGAUAGCUCGCUGUUUAUCGAGAAGGCGUUUGUGAAUGGCGAAUUCGUCACGGCCCAGUCAGGCGAGACGUUUGAAGUGCACGACCCCGCCUCUGGCAAGCUGAUUGGAACAUGUCCCGAGUUCACGGCUGCGGACACGGAAAAGGCCAUCCAGGCCGCCAAGGAGGCUCUCCCCGAGUUCCGCAGGACGCUGGGACGGGAGCGUGCCCGGAUGCUGCGCCGGUGGUAUCAGUUGAUGGUUGACAAUGCGGAAGACCUGGCGACGCUGAUCACAUGGGAGAACGGCAAGCCGCUGGCCGAUGCGAAGGGGGAGGUGACGUAUGCGGCCAAUUUCUUCGAGUGGUUCAGCGAGGAGGCCCCGCGGGUGUACGGCGACACGAUCCCGUCCUCGGUGGCGGGCAACCGGGUGAUGACCAUCAAGGAGCCCGUGGGAGUGUGCGGCUUGAUCACACCGUGGAACUUUCCCGCAGCGAUGAUCACCCGCAAGGUCGCCCCGGCCCUGGCUGCGGGUUGCACAGUGGUGGUCAAGUCGCCCGGCGAGACCCCCUUUACGGCCAACGCGCUGGCCGAGCUGGCGCGGCGCGCGGGCAUCCCCAAGGGAGUGGUCAACAUUGUGACGGCGUCGAAGAACGUGGCCGAGGUGGGCGAGGCCAUCACCACGCACGAGGACGUGCGCAAGGUCUCGUUCACGGGCUCGACCAACGUCGGCCGCCUGCUCAUGAAACAGGCCGCCUCGACCAUCAAAAAGGUCUCGUGGGAGCUGGGCGGGAACGCCCCCUUCAUCGUCUUUGAUGAUGUCGACGAUCUGGACGCCGCCGUCGCGGGCGCCAUUGCGUCCAAAUUCCGCAGCUCGGGCCAGACCUGUGUGUGCGCGAAUCGCAUCUACGUGCAGCGCGGCGUGUAUGACGAGUUCGCCGCUCGCUUCGUCGAAAAGGUCAAAGAGUUCAAGCUCGGCGCCGGGUUCACCGAGGGAAUCACCCAUGGGCCCGUAAUCCAUUCCCGCGCCGUGGAUAAAGUCCACAGCCAUGUGCAGGAUGCGGCGAGCAAGGGUGCCGCCGUCGCCGUCGGCGGCAACAAGGCCCCGCAUCUCGGAGCCAACUUCUACGAGCCCACCGUGCUGACAGGCAUGACGCGCGACAUGCAGCUGGCCUCGGAGGAGACCUUUGGGCCCGUCGCGGGCCUGUUCCCCUUUGACACGGAGAAGGAGGUCGUCGAGCUCGCCAAUGCCGCCGAGGUCGGGCUGGCGGGAUACUUCUUCAGCGGCAACAUCCGCCGCAUCUUCCGUGUCGCCGAAGCGUUGGAGGUCGGCAUGGUUGGCGUCAACACGGGUCUCAUCAGUGACGUCGCAUCUCCGUUUGGCGGCGUCAAGCAGAGCGGAUUCGGCCGGGAAGGCAGCAAGUAUGGUAUCGACGAGUUCUUGACGAUCAAGACGGUGACAUUUGGGGGGAUGAAUGAUCCUCUGCAGUCAUAAGAGACAAGACAAUAGACUAGUUACUGGUAAAAAAAUUCGUCGCAACUGCCGGCUUCAAGCCAACUUCCUUCUCAAACGCCUCCAGAUCAUACCGCAUACGAAGCCAGUUACUCAGAUUCUUGCCAUUUGGAGGAGCGUAUUUGGCCGGGUUGAAUCCCGCCGGCUGCUCAUACAGGAAGAAGACGUAGCGGUGCGGACCACUGCCAGGCGGGGGGGCAGGACCGAUAUAAUUCGCCA